AUGGCAGAGUCUGUUAAAGUGAUCGUCCGCUGCAGACCCAUGAAUGAUAGAGAGAAAGGUUUAAAAUGUGCAACUGUUAUUUCCAUGGAUUCAGGAAGAGGCCAGUGCAGCAUUACUAAUCCUUCUGACAAGAGAGCUCCACCAAAGAUGUUUACUUUUGAUGGUGCCUAUUUUAUUGAAUCCACUACAGAUCACAUUUAUGGCGAGGUGGCUUAUCCUCUUGUUGAGGGGGUCACAGAGGGGUACAAUGGAACCAUCUUUGCUUAUGGACAAACAGGAAGUGGAAAGAGCUUUUCUAUGCAAGGAGUCACAAUUCCGGCAUCCCAAAAGGGAAUUAUUCCCAGAGCAUUUUCUCACAUCUUUGAGACAAUCAGCAUCAAACAGGCAACCAAGUUUCUUAUCCAUGCUUCAUUUCUAGAGAUUUACAAUGAAGACAUUCGAGAUUUGCUGGGCAAAGAUGUGAAACAUAAAUUAGAGCUGAAAGAGCACCCGGAGAAAGGAGUUUAUGUAAAUGGUCUGUCUAUGCACCCUGUGCACAAUGUGACUGAAUGCGAGCACAUCAUGAACAAAGGCUGGCACAACCGGAGCACAGGAGCCACUUUGAUGAACGCAGACUCUUCCAGGAGUCAUUCCAUCUUCACCAUCAGCUUGGAGAUGAUAACCAGAGAUUCUGAGGGCGAAGAGCACAUCCGGGCAGGGAAGCUCAACUUAGUGGACCUUGCAGGCAGUGAGAGGCAAGGGAAAACUGGUGCCACUGGGGAUAGGCUGAAAGAAGCCACAAAGAUCAACUUAUCUCUGUCUGCUCUUGGCAAUGUCAUCUCAGCACUAGUUGAUGGCAGAUCCAAACACAUCCCAUACAGAGACUCAAAGCUGACUCGACUCCUACAGGACUCUCUCGGAGGCAACACAAAGACGAUGAUGGUGGCUUGCCUGUCUCCCGCAGACAACAAUUACGAUGAAACACUCUCAACACUCCGGUAUGCAAAUCGAGCAAAGAACAUCAAAAACAAGCCCAGGAUCAAUGAAGAUCCUAAGGAUGCUCUGCUUCGACAGUAUCAGGAGGAAAUUGCCAAGCUAAAGGCCAUGCUGGCAGGUCAGAUACCUCUGGAACCUGGCAUCUCUGGCACUGACAAAAGGCAAGACUCCCCACAUGACCUUGACCCAGUCCGUGAGCAACUGGAACAUGAAAAACAGAAACUCAAAGAGGAAUAUGAGGAAAAGAUGACAGAAAUUAAAACUGCAUUUGAAAUGGAAAAAAGCAAUAAAGCCAAACUGCAACAAGACAUGGAUAAACUGAGAACAUUUUAUGACAGCAAAGUGCAGAGCUUGGACAGUCGUUUGGUGGGUUUGCCUACAACGGCACAAGUGCUAGGUGAAGAGGAAAUGGUGGAGUUACCUCCUGGUGACAAUGAACAGAGUA